UUUAAUCGGUCAUCGACCGUGCACUCACCAACACUGGCUGGCCGAUAGCCAUUUAAUUACAAAAAAUAAAUAUAAAUGAAGUGAAGCGGACGCAGCAAUAAAAACAAAGAGAGAUUGCUACGAUCAAAAUGCUACGGGCAAUCGGGAAACGGGACAGGGACAUCUUCGAGGAGGUUUGGCCGGACAAAAGACGGAUAGUGUUGAAGCUGCUGCGCCAGGACACUGUGUCGCAGCGCGAGUGGCAGGACCUGUUCUUCGGCGUCCACUUCGUGUGCCUGUGGGACGAGAAGGGUGCGUCCAAGAUCUACGACUGCCUGCAGCAGGACAUCGUCGAGUUCAUCGUCCAGGCGCAGAGCCAGGUGCAGGCCCAGCGGGGCGAGCAGGCCCUCCUGGCCACCUACAUUGUGGAGUGGCGCAAGUUCUUCACACAGUCCAACUACCUGCCGCUGCCCUUCCGUCAGCUGGAGCAGUCGCCCCAGGUUAAGCCCUCGUCCAGUGGCAGCAGCUCCUCCGCCACCGUUUCCGCCUCGGGAGCGAGUACGAGUGCUGCCGCGGCGGCAGCAGCCUCCUCCUCCGCCGCCGCCUCCUGCAGUGGUCAAGCCGCGAAGUCGGGAGCCUCCACCUCAUCCGCCGCUGGAGCCUCCACUUCUGCCGCUGCCGCUGCUGCCUCCACAUCCGCCUCAACUAGCUCAGCAGCCGCGGCUGCAGCGGCCUCCGGGAGCGGGAGCACCAGCAGCACUUCGAAGAAAAACCCCACGGAGGACAGCCCUGUGCGGAAGCUCAUGCUGGACUCCUGGAACAAGCACAUCUUCCACGACAUCAAGCACCGCCUGCAGGAGUCGGCCAUGAAGAUUGUGCACGCCGAGCGGAACGGCGAUGCCUACGAUGCCCAGCUGGUGGUGGGUGUGCGCGAGAGCUAUGUGAAUCUCUCCUCGAAUGUCGAGGACAAGCUGGAGAUCUACAGGGAUAACUUCGAAAUGGCCUACCUCAAGGCCACGGCCGAGUUCUAUCGCCUGAAAUCCGCGGAGCAACAGCAGGAGAACGGAGUGCUGGCCUACAUGAAGUACGCCGACUCCAAGCUGCGAGAGGAGGAGGUGCGGGCCAAGCGGUACCUGGAGCCCAGCAGCUUCAGCAUACUCACCUACACGCUGGUCAAGGUGCUCAUAGUGGAUCACCUGAACUCCAUUAUCGCCGAGUGUCCGGCCUUGAUCAGGGACUACGAAACGGAGCGAUUGAAUCUCAUGUUCCGCCUUAUGGACCGGGUGCUGCAUAACGUGGGCGUGGAAACCAUGAUGGGCGACCUGCAGCGGCACAUCAUAACUGCCGGACUGGCCGACAUGCUCUCCGCCUCGGAGGUGAUCACCCAGGACUCGGAGAAGUACGUGGAGCGGCUGCUCGAGCUGUUUAACAAGUUCAGCGACCUGGUGCGCAACGCCUUCAACGACGAUCCCCGCUUCCUCACUGCCCGCGACAUCGCCUUCAAGACGGUGGUCAACGACACCAGCGUGUUCAAGAUGGAGCUGCCCACGAGUAUCGCCAAUAGAGGUGUGAAAUACACGGCGCCGGAGAGCAAAUGCCCGGAGCUGCUGGCCAACUACUGCGACAUGCUGCUGCGCCGAACGCCGCUCAGCAAGCGCCUCACUAGCGAGCAGAUCGACGCUCGCCUGCGCGAUGUUCUAUUGGUCCUGAAAUACGUCAACAAUAAGGACGUCUUCAUGCGCUACCACAAGGUUCAUUUGACGAGACGUUUGAUUCUGGGAACCAGUGCGGAUAGCGAAAAGGAGGAGGACAUUGUCGAGUGGCUGCGUGAGGUCGGCAUGCCGGCGGACUACGUGAAUCGGCUGGCACGAAUGUUCCAGGACAUAAAGGUCAGCGAAGAUCUUAAUACUCAAUUCCGCACGUCGAUAAGGCGGCACGAUGCUAUCAACAUUAAAAUACUCAACGCAGGGGCCUGGGCCCGCUGCUCGGAGCGUGUGUCGGUCUCACUGCCCAUCGAGCUGGAGGAUUACAUCCCAGAUGUGGAGGAGUUCUACAAGAAGAAGCAUUCCGGCCGUAAGCUGCAGUGGUAUCAUCACAUGAGCAACGGCACCAUCACCUUUGUGAAUAACUUUGGCCGUUACGAUCUGGAUGUGACCACCUUCCAGAUGGCCGUCCUGUUUGCCUGGAAUCAGCGUCAGCACGACAAGAUCUCCUACGAGAAUCUCCGCCUGGCCACGGAGCUACCAGAUCCCGAACUGAGACGAACUCUGUGGUCUCUAGUGGCGUUCCCCAAAAUCAAGAAACAGAUUCUGUUAAUGGAACCGGCGGCCAUCAGUUCGCCCAAGGACUUUGCCGAGAACACAGUGUUCUAUAUCAAUCAAGAGUUUGCCAUUGUCAAGAAUGGCAAGUCCCAGCGACGUGGAAAGCUCAAUCUCAUUGGGCGACUGCAGUUGAGCACGGAACGCUCGCAGCAGGAGGACAAUCAGUCCAUUGUGCAACUGCGCAUCCUGCGCACACAAGAAGCCAUCAUCAAGAUAAUGAAGGUGCGCAAGCGGAUGAACAACGCAGCGCUGCAGGGUGAACUCAUCGACAUACUGAAGAACAUGUUCCUGCCGUCCAAGAAGAUGAUCAAGGAGCAGCUGGAGUGGCUCAUCGAGAACAAGUACAUGAGACGAGACGACGACGACAUCAACAUGUUCAUCUACGUGGCCUAAUCACCUGCUCCUGAUCCCGGCUCUAGUCUCAGUCCCGUCUAAGCAAUCAUUCCCAUUUCCAUUCCCUCACACGCUACUCAAAAAAUAUCGCCGCAGCGAUUUUAAUCUCAACGCCGACGUGCUCAAAGCACGCGCCCUGUUUCUGUUUAUAUGGAAUUGGAUAAUUGUAUUAUAUGGAAACGUGAUUCGCUACUGACAUUGCGUCCUCAGAGCAUUUAAAAGACCCACAUUUCAAUCUAAAGCCGCUUCUCGUGUCCACAUCCUGUAUUCAUAUAUGUAUUCGUAUUUGUGAAACUUUGUAUUUUUAUAUUGGCCCCCCUGGCUGCACAGGUGUGUAGCUCUAGGUAUUAUGUUUUGUGCGGUAAUUGCACCCUGAAAUUCCACGCCCACGCCCUGCCCCCGAGUAAUAUCGAUCGAUAGCGUUAAUCUAAUCAACCUGCUGUUUUCUAUGUGUGUAGUUCUCCCCUGUUUGUUUCCGUUGCCUGGUCUUCUGUUGAUUCUUGGGUAUUUUGCAAUGUUCCACGUGAGACUCACACACCCCCACAGGGAUUGUAACCUCGAGCGGAGGCCAAAUCCUCGCCUCCGGUCACUCCCAGCAUGGAAUGCCUAAUCACACACAAACACUCACACACACGCGAUCGCAAAACUACAACUAAAAUAGCAAUACAUUAAGUUUAAGUUAAUGAAUAAACUUGGUUCUACACAUAAUGAAGGC